AUAUGGGCAUCUUCGAGAACACCACACUUGGCCAUCUCACAGUGACGUCAGGUCAUCCGGCCAUUUUCGAUUUGCCAACCAUCGAGUCACAACCGUCACCUUCGGUGAUGUGGCAAACGGUUGAAGGUCCGCUGAACUAUGACAUCAAAUAUGCCGUAACAAAAUCGAAUCAAUUGAUUAUACUCAGCGCCGACGAGGACGAUCGUAAAGCAUAUCGUGCGCGUGCUAUAAACACACAGCUGGGUAAGGAGGAGAAUAGCGCCUUCAUACAGUUGAACGUGAGCGGGGAUCCGUAUGUUGAGGUGGCACCCGAAAUCGUUGUACAUCCGCAAGACAUGAAAGUGAAGCGUGGCGAGCAGGUGGCCGUGUUGGAGUGCAUCGCUAAUGCGCGGCCGUUGCAUGAAUUGGAAACAUUGUGGCUAAAGGAUGGUAUACCCAUUGAAAGUGCUGGUGUGGCGCAUACACUUAACGAUCCUUGGAAUCGUUCGCUGUCACUGCUAUCCGUUAAUUUAACACAUUCCGGCGAGUAUACGUGUCAGGUGCGACUACGUAGCGGUGGCUAUGAUACGGUGACCGUUAGCGCCAAGGUGGAGGUAUUGGAACCACCUACAUUUUUCACACAAAUGCGCACGGAAACCUUUGGUGAAUUUGGUGCGCUGGUAACGCUGACGUGUGAUGUUGUGGGCGAUCCAAUGCCAGUGGUGCGGUGGUACAAAAAUGCCGAACCCAUCGAAGCGAAUGACGGAAAAUACACAUUUCAGGAGGACAAUUCACUAAUCAUCAAAAAACUUACACUCGAGGAUGGAGCCAUGUUUCAGUGUCUCGCCAGCAAUGAGGCUGGUGAAAGGAGCGCCUACACAUGGCUGCGCGUUAAAUGUUUGCCACCCAAAACACCUACACCAACUACAACCAUUAUUACUCAUUCGAAGCAUAUUGAAUUGCGCAUGACUACAGCUAAUAACAAUCGACCGAAUGCAAUUCCGUUGCAUUUUGUUGAAAAGUGUAAAUCAUCGUCGUCAUCGUCGUCGUCGUCGUCGCCAGGAUACGUGCGCAGUUUGUUGCAUCGCUUCAAGCGUUUGGCACAGCCGCGUAUCCUGCGUGUAAGAGCAUCAUCAACACAUUCUGGCAUGGGUACUGGCUAUCGCCGCAAGGAUUUUCGCUUUGCUUCUGCGCCUGUUAUGGAGAAACCACCGCAAAAUGUGACCGCAUUGGAUGGCAAGGACGCGACUAUUUGGUGCCGGGCAGUUGGGGCGCCAAAUCCGAACAUCACAUGGAUUUACAACGAAACACAACUUGUUGAAAUAUCCAGUCGUAUGCAAAUUCUGGAAUCUGGAGACUUAUUAAUGUCGAAUGUACGUGAAACGGAUGCUGGCCUAUAUACAUGCGUGCGUUCAAAUGAGGCGGGCACGGUUAAUGGCGAGGCAUACCUAAGCGUUUUGGUUCGCACACAAAUCAUCCAGCCACCGGUUGACACCACCGUCCUAUUGGGCCUCAAUGCGACGCUGCAAUGCAAAGUUUCCAGUGAUCCCACCGUGCCGUACAAUGUCGACUGGUAUCGCGAAGGUCAUCCGACAGCAAUCAGUAACUCGCAACGUAUCGGCGUACAAUCGGAUGGCACACUCGAGAUUCAGGCGGUGCGUGCCUCUGAUGUGGGCACCUACCAGUGUGUGGUGACAUCGCCAGGCGGCAAUGAGACGCGUUCGGCGCGUUUAAGUGUCAUCGAGCUGCCAUUCCCGCCGAGCAAUGUGAAAGUUGUGCGCUUAGAUGCACCCAACCAAAGAACCAUCAACGCUUCAUGGACGCCCGGCUUCGAUGGCAAUAGUCCAAUACUUAAGUUUAUUGUGCAGCGGCGUGAAGUCUCCGAACUAGGUCCAGUUCCUGAACCUUUACUCAAUUGGGUGACGGAACUGAGCAACGUAUCGGCGAAUCAACGCUGGGUGCUGUUGAAAAACCUCAAAGCGGCUACAGUUUAUCAAUUUCGUGUGAGUGCUGUAAAUCGAGUUGGCGAGGGCUCACCGUCUGAACCGAGUAAUAUAGUGGAAUUACCACAAGAAGAAUUACCGCUUCACCGAGCACCUUCGGGUCCGCCAGUCGGUUUCGUCGGCUCGGCGCGUUCAAUGUCGGAAAUCAUUACACAGUGGCAGCCACCACUCGAAGAGCAUCGCAAUGGCCAGAUACUUGGCUACAUACUACGUUACCGUCUCUUCGGCUAUAACAAUGUACCGUGGACUUAUCAGAAUAUAACCAAUGAAGCACAGCGUACCUUUCUCAUACAAGAGCUCAUCACGUGGAAGGACUAUAUCGUACAAAUUGCCGCUUACAAUAAUAUGGGCGUGGGUGUGUACACGGACGGUGCCAAAAUCAAGACGAAAGAGGGCGUGCCUGAAGCACCGCCUACCUUUGUCAAGGUCAACGCUCUAAAUUCAACAUCGGUGCGUGUCACUUGGACACCACCUAAUCCACAACAAAUUAACGGCAUCAAUCAAGGCUACAAAAUUCAGGCUUGGCGCACUGAAGUAAUUGAGGGCGAGCCACGUGAUAUUGAGGAACGCAUGAUUACGGUGCCGCCAAGUUUACUAGAUCCGCUGGCAGAACAGACUGCAGUCAUGUCGGGACUGGAUAAAUUUAUGAACUACAAUAUUACCGUAUUGUGUUUCACCGAUCCCGGUGAUGGUGUGCCAAGCUACAAGGUGCCUGUGAAGACGCUGGAAGAUGUGCCAGAUGAGAUAAUGGCUUUGCAUUUUGACGAUGUGUCCGACCGUUCGGUGAAAGUGCUCUGGUCGCCACCAAGGAACGCCAACGGCAUACUAACCGGCUAUAGUGUGCGCUAUCAAGUGAAAGAUCGCACCGAAACUCUCAAAUCCGUCAAUCUCACUGCCGAAGACACCGAGCUGACUGUCACACAAUUGCAAGCCACCACACACUAUUGGUUUGAGAUACGUGCCUGGACAAAAGUUGGCGCUGGGCCAGCAAAAACGGCCACCAUACAGUCGGGUGUGGAGCCAGUACUACCACAUCCGCCCACCAAUUUGGCGCUCUCCAAUAUUGAAGCGUUCUCUGUAGUGCUGCAAUUCACACCUGGUUUCGAUGGUAAUUCAUCUAUAACAAAAUGGAAAGUAGAGGCACAGACUGCACGUAAUAUGACCUGGUUUACGGUGUGCGAAAUAUCCGAUCCGGACGCUGAAACACUGACCGUGACGGGUCUAAUGCCAUUUACGCAAUACCGCCUACGGCUGAUCGCUACAAAUGUCGUUGGCACAUCGCAACCUUCUGAGUCUACAAAAGAUUUCCAGACUAUACAAGCACGUCCUAUGCAUCCGCCCUUCAAUGUAACGGUGCGUGCAAUGAGUGCAACACAGUUACGUGUGCGUUGGAUUCCUUUGCAACAGACCGAAUGGUUCGGUAAUCCGCGUGGCUAUAAUGUCACAUAUCGUCAAGUAGAGAGCGAUACACGAGUACAACCGAAGAGUGUCAUGAUCGAGGAUCACACUGCCAAUUCACAUGUGCUGGAGAGCCUGGAAGAAUGGACGGUUUAUGAUGUUGUAAUGAGUGCUUGCAACGACGUCGGAUGCUCUAAACACAGCGCUAUAGCUACUGAGCGCACGCGCGAAGCAGUACCAUCGUAUGGUCCAUUAGACGUACAGGCUAACGCUACUUCUUCCACGACUAUCGUCGUGCGUUGGGGCGAGGUACCGAAACAGCAUCGCAAUGGUCAGAUUGACGGCUUCAAAGUCUUCUACGCUGCCACAAAUCGGGGCGGUCAAGUGCUACACAAAACCAUCUCCAACAACGCCUCAUUCACCACCACCCUAACAGAACUGAAAAAAUUCGUUGUCUACCACAUACAAGUGCUCGCCUUUACACGCCUUGGCGAUGGUGCUUUGAGCACACCACCGGUACGUGUGCAAACCUUUGAAGAUACGCCCGGAGCACCGUCAAAUGUCAGCUUCCCAGAUGUAUCCUUCUCAACGGCGCGCAUCAUCUGGGAUGUACCUGACGAUCCCAAUGGCGAAAUACUCGCAUAUCAGGUCACCUAUUCGCUUAAUGGUAGCGCAAAUUUAAACUACAGUCGAGAAUUUCCACCUUCGGACCGCACGUAUCGCGCGACACAGCUACUCGCCGAGCGUUACUACAUAUUUAGCGUUACAGCACAGACGCGUUUAGGGUGGGGUAAGACUGCCUCGGCACUUGUUUAUACAACAAACAACCGCGAACGUCCACAACCACCUUCAAUGCCACAGAUCUCACGCAGCCAAGUGCAGGCGCAUCAAAUUACCUUCAGCUGGACACCUGGUCGUGACGGCUUUGCGCCACUACGUUACUAUACGGUGCAAAUGCGUGAAAAUGAUGGUCCCUGGUCACUAUUACCGGAGCGUGUAGAUCCUGCGCUCACCUCCUACACAGCAACCAGUCUCAAACCCUACACGACAUACCAAUUCCGUAUACAAGCCACCAACGAUUUGGGACCCUCUGCCUUUAGUCGCGAAAGUAUUGUGGUGCGCACAUUGCCAGCUGCACCAGCUUCGGGCGUAUCGGGUCUGAAAGUAGUGCCCAUCACGACCACAUCAGUGCGCGUGCAAUGGAGCGCCUUAGAAACUUCAAU